GUGUAAACCCGCCAAGGCAAAUUUCCGAAUUCGUUCACAACCAUGAUAGGGUUUAGGGAUUCUUUCAAUUCCUUCCGAAGUUGUUUUCUGCUGCGAGGAGACUGGAGUGAUGGUUAGGGUUUGAUGGGUUCACAAGAGAUGGGGGUUUUAAGCAACGAAAGGUUUCUGAAGUUGUGAUCUACAGACGAGUAAGUCCCCAAUCCUUUGACCAAAUUCCAAUAAUGUCUAUCUCAAUCUGCAAAACGUUACACAAAUUAAGGUCUUCCAUCGGGAAUUCUCCAACCCACCCUCUCUUCUUCAGUCACAUCCGCCCCUUUUCGUCAUCUCUCGCACCCGUCGAUCAAACACCAAAUCAACACUCAUUCACAGUCAAUUACCUCAUAAACUCAUGUGGGUUUACUCUGGAAAAGGCUAUAGCAGCAUCAAAGUACACCAAUUUCAAAACUUCAGAAAAACCCGACUCUGUUAUCGCAUUCUUGUGUUACCACGGCUUCACCAAAACCCAAGCCUCAAAUCUCAUUAAGAAGUUACCUCUAGUCCUCUUGUCCAAUCCGGAUAAAACCCUUUUGCCUAAACUUGAAUUUUUCAAUUCUAAAGGCUUUUCAAGCACAGAUGUAGUCAAAAUACUGUCCCGAACGCCAAAGCUUCUUCUAAGAAGCUUAGACAACCAAAUCAUCCCAACUCUCGAGUUCUUUAAGAAUUUGUUUGGUUCGGAGGAGAGAGCGUUAUCUGCUAUUAAACGCUUUUCUGGGCCGCUUUUGGUUGACUCUCGUAUGACACCCAAUGUUGAAAUUCUGCGGGAGGUCAAUGUGCCAGAUGCAAAAAUCACAUACUUGUUGACGUACCAACCUAGAAUAUUCAUGUCAAGUCGUGAGAGACUUAGACAGAUUGUGGAGGAGGUAAAGGGAAUGGGUUUUAACCCUCUGAGAGUGACCUUUAUUUUAGCAGUUCACGCAUUGAGCUCAAUGAGUAAACCCGCAUGGGAGAACAAGAUUCAGGUUUAUAAGAAGUGGGGUCUCUCCAAGGAUGAGAUACUUCUGGCUUUCAGGAAGUAUCCGUUGUUCGUGAUGGUGUCUGAGGACAAGAUCAUGAGAGUGAUGGACUUUUUGGUCAAUAAAAUGGGUCUAGAUUCUUCGUUUGUUUUAAAAAUGCCACUAGUCGUAGCACUGAGCUUCGAGAAGAGGAUUGUACCGAGGUGUUUGGUUUAUCAAGCAUUGCAAGCAAAAGGUCUAAUCAAGAAACCAAAAUUUAGCCUUGAGAUGCUGAAGUCUACUGAGAUGUCGUUCGUACAGAAGGUUGUGAACUUGGCUAAGGAAGAAGCUCCUGAGCUAUUGAAGUUGUACGAGGAAAAGUUGGCACUUGCAAGGUAAUUAGGUAAUUAGGAUGUGGGAAGGAGUUGGAUGACACGAGAAUGGACUGGUUAAUACAUAAAUUGAAAUGCAAUUGUCCUGUUAUUUGCUUCCUUAUAUUUAAAUUGUGGUUGUGGAACUCUCUCCUUUUGCAUAUGAUUGGGCGAGUGAAAUUUAUUUUCUGAAAGCGAGUUUGAGUUAUCCUUCUUCAUUCUAUUGAAUGGAAGUGGAAGUUCCACAUUGCUACACUGAGUUCUUUGUCACCUUGUAAUGGUUGAGGCCUGAAGAAGUGUCCCAUCUCCAGCCCACCCAGGUAACUUGGACCUGGACUUUUUUCACUACUUAUUUUUGUGGAUGAUGUAGAUUUCAUAUUUGGUGAUAGUGAUGUCUAACAUACAACAAUUUAAAUGUUCAAUUUGUUCUCAUCAAAUAGAGUGGAUUUGUAGUCUUUAUUUGUCCCUUCAUUACAACUCUGAGACUGCUGUGAAAUGUGAAUUGAAGUUUCACUCUAUCAGCUAUGGGCUUCUCAAUAUAUGUUUCAGUCUUUCAGAAUAUGAUUAUUUAUGGGAUACAACUUGUCACUUGUGUUUGAUAACUUUGUUUCAGACUUUUUUUAAAGCAUCCAAAUGAGCCUCUUGGAUAAUGAAAUCUGGAAAUAAUGUACCAGUAAACCAUAUCUUGAGACGUAAUAAAUAUUUAUAGAGUUUGUCCCACAUUGGUUAAUUACACCAUAUCUUGAGACGUAAUAAAUAUUUAUAGAGUUUGUUCCACAUUGAUUAAUUACAUCCUCCAAAACUAGUAUAAGGCUAGGCGGCCUCUCUACUAGUUGCCAAUUGGUUUUGAGUCGGAUACUUUAACAUGGUUUCAGUAUUUGGCUUUAGGAGGCUUUUGGACAAGACUUUCUUGGUUGAUUGCCCCAUUGUUUAUGCUUUAAGCGCACCUUCUUCGUUGUCAUCCCUAUGUUCUGGACGCUUUGUGUAUGUCUCCAUGGGCGGGUUAGGGGUUGCACGUGCAGGGGAGUGUUAAAGCUUGUUCCACAUUGAUAAAUUACAACCUCCCGAACUAGUAUAUGAACCUAGGCGGCCUCUUCAUUGCAAAUUGGUUUUGAGUUUGAUGCUUUAACCACUAUGAUAGUUGACAUAAUUUUGAUUAGUAAGGCCUGUUUCUACUAUGCAUUUGUUAAUGGAAGCUUGACAUUGUUUGAGUCAAGUUGCGGCUGCUUUUAUUUAUGAAUUGUUGAAAAGUUGAGAAUAUUCAGUACUGGAGCAAAGAACCCAGUAAAGGCCAUUACUCUUCUGCUGAUCUGUAAGUAGCCUCGUCUUUGGCUAAAUUUUAACAAUGUCUAAUUCAAUCUGCAAAAUGUUAUACCAAGUCAAGUCCUCUAUCAGAUAUUCACCAACUCAUCAUCUUUCAUCAGCUCUCGCAUCCAUCGAUCAAACACCAAAUAAAACUCAUUCUCAGUCAAUUACCUCAUAAACUCAUUGUGUUUGCUCUAGGAAAGGCUAUAAAAGUGUCUAAGCAAAUCAAUUUCGAAACCCCAGAAUAGCCCGACUCUGUUAUUGCAUUCUUCUGUAACCAUGGCUUCACCAAAACCCAAGCCUCAUAUUGUCCUUGAAGUCCCUCAAAUCCUUUCUAGUACCCUCAAAUCUCAUUGUAUGCAGAAGGCCUGAUUAAGAAAACCAAUACUGGCUUGAAGAUGAUGCUACAGUCUCCUGAAAAGUUGUUCAUAUUGAAGUUUGUGAACUGUACUAAAGAAGUAGCUCCUGAGCUAUUGAAGUUGUGCAAGGAAAAAUUGGCACUUACAAAAUGGUUAAGAUAUGGACAUGAGAUAAGAAUGGAGUGGUUAAUUGAAAUACCUGCUCAACAAUUGUUAUGCUAUUUUGCUGCCUCGCGUUUAGCUUGUGGGUGUUGAAUUUAUAGCGUUUUGAUGUGUAUGGGUAAAAGAUUGAAAUUUAUUGUCGGUAAGCAAGUUCUAUCUAUCAGUUUUCAUUCCUAUGAAGGGUCUGGAAGUUCCACAUGGCUAACACUGAAUUCUCUUUCGCUUUGUAACGGUUGAGGCUUGAUGCAAUGCACCGUCAUCUUUUCAUUUGGUUUGCUCAAGCAGAAUACAUAUGGCAGUGCCAUGGAGAUUGGUUCGGGGGAGGUUUCAGAUGAGGCGGUAUUGACUGGCUACUUCGGACGCUUGGCUGAUAGCUCUCUUUUUGAUGCAGAAUUAUGGGGCAUCCUCAAGGGGCUUACCUUUUUGUAGCAGCAAGAUUGGAAAAAUUGUGGAAAUAGAGUCUGAUUGCAUUAUGGCUGUGACUAUAGAGGCUGAUGGAUCCUCUGAAAACUCUCCGCCGUAGGAACAUAUUGAAGAACGUCAAGCACUACAGAUGAAGUCCCAGAGUUACACAUUUUGACAUGGUUUAAGGUUGCCAGCAAGUUGGAGACAAACUUGGCUAGAUGAUGGGUGCAGCUCAAGACCUUCGAAUUGUGCCGAUCAAAGGCCCCAGUUGAUGUUAUGAGAUUCCUGGUGAUGCAGUUGGAUAGAAUUUAAAAGACUUCAAGCUUAGUUUGUUUUGAUUUUCGUAUUAACAAAAAAAAUGAUCGUCUCUUUGUAAUGGUUGAGCACAGAUAGUGUAUACCAUCAUCUUUUCAUC